UGUUUUACAGGCUUCCCAGUUGGCAUGUAUGUUGUAAAGAGAGUUCUUCAGCUUCAACGUCAUAUUACUCUCAAGAUGACAAUUGUGCAUUAGAAAAUGAUGAUAUACAAUUCCAGAGCAAGGAUGAAAGAGAGAGACCUGUCAAUAGCGAAUUAUUGGGAAAAUUAGAUUCAAAUUUACAUAUUCCUCCAGAAGAACGUAAAAUGAAAGAUGACUACAUUCUGGAUGUACAAAAUAUGGAAUCGAAAAAGUUAAGUUCACCUGUGAUUGAGACACUCCCUACAGUUGAUUUACAUGAAGAUUCUUCCAAUGUAGUUGUGGGCAGUGAAAACAUAGAAAAUAUUUCUAGCUCAUCUACCUCAGAAAUCACUCCAAUUUCAAAGCUCGACGAAAUAGAAGAAUCUGGUACUAUCCCUGUAGCCAAACCAAGUGAAACUGAGCAGUCUGAAACUGAUUGUGAUGUUGGUGAGACACCUGAUGCAAAUCCUCCAGUCAAACAACCUUCCUUCGUCAGUCCACCUGAAAGUCUUGUUGGCCAGCAUAUAGAAAAUGUGUCAUCUUCACAUAGCAAAGGGAAGAUCACAAAAUCAGAAUUUGAAUCCAAAGUUUCAGCAAGUGAACAGGUCGGUGGUGAUCCCAAAUCUGCAUUGAAUGCUUCAGAUAAUUUAAAAAAUGAGAGUUCUGAUUAUACAAAAUCAGGAGAAAUUGAUCCUACAUCUGUAGCAAGCCCCAAAGACCCAGAAGAUAUACCAACAUUUGAUGAAUGGAAGAAGAAAGUUAUGGAAGUAGAGAAAGAAAAAAGUUUGUCUACAGGUCAGUCAAUGCAUCCUUCUUCUAAUGGAGGUCCACAUGCCACCAAAAAAGUCCAGAAAAAUCGAAAUAAUUAUGCCUCGGUAGAAUGUGGUGCCAAAAUUUUGGCAGCUAAUCCAGAAGCCAAGAGCACAUCUGCUAUUCUUAUCGAAAAUAUGGACCUUUAUAUGUUGAAUCCUUGCAGCACUAAAAUUUGGUUUGUUAUUGAACUUUGUGAACCAAUUCAAGUAAAACAGCUUGAUAUUGCAAAUUACGAACUAUUUUCUUCUACUCCUAAAGACUUUCUGGUUUCUAUCAGUGACAGAUAUCCCACGAAUAAAUGGAUUAAACUGGGUACUUUCCAUGGUAGAGAUGAGAGAAAUGUCCAGAGUUUCCCUUUAGAUGAGCAGAUGUAUGCAAAAUAUGUGAAGAUGUUCAUCAAGUACAUAAAGGUGGAGUUGGUAUCACAUUUUGGAUCUGAGCAUUUUUGUCCAUUAAGCCUUAUAAGGGUAUUUGGUACUAGCAUGGUAGAAGAAUAUGAAGAAAUUGCCGAUUCCCAGUAUCAUUCAGAACGUCAAGAACUAUUUGAUGAGGACUAUGAUUAUCCACUGGAUUAUACUACUGGAGAGGAUAAGUCCUCAAAAAAUCUUCUUGGUUCUGCUACAAAUGCCAUUCUAAAUAUGGUGAAUAUUGCUGCUAAUAUUCUGGGAGCAAAAACUGAAGACCUGACAGAAGGAAAUAAAAGUAUAUCCGAGAAUGCCACUGCCACAACUGCACCUAAAAUUCCUGAAUCAACUCCUGUUUCAACUCCUGUUCCAUCACCUGAGGAUGUAAUCGCAAAGAUACCUGACACAGAGCCAUCAACACCAGAUACUCCAAAAGACAGGCCCAUUGUCCAGCUAGUUCAAGAAGAAGAGGAGGAGACAAGUCCAUCUACCGUGACCCUGCUGGGCAGUGGUGAACAGGAGGAUGAAUCGUCACCCUGGUUUGAGUCAGAGACACAAAUAUUUUGUAGUGAACUCACCACUAUUUGUUGUAUUUCCAGCUUUUCGGAAUACAUAUAUAAAUGGUGUUCAGUUACAGUCGCUCUUUAUCGGCAGCGCAGCAGAACUGCUAUGAAAAAGGGAAAAGAUUAUCGUGGGUCAACUCAAGAACCUUUACUGCUUCCUUCAGAGUCAGGAGAUGUUUCAGUAUUACGACCUCUGAGUGAAGAAUUGGACAAUAAGAAUAUGGAAAGGGAAGCUGAAAGUGUUGUUCUUAGUGACUUAAGCAGUGUGCACCAAGUUGACUUGAUGAAUCACACUGUGGAUGUAAUUGAACUUGAACCAAGCCAUUCUCAAACACUUUUUCAGUCUCUUCUCUUAGAGAUUACUCCAGAAAUCAGUUCAUUCUCUAAAAUGGAGGUAUCUGAGUCUGUUAAACAUGAAGCAGGACAUACACCAACACACGUGAUUCCCCAAGAAAGUUCUGUUGAGACUGUUAAUCAAACAGAAAAAAAGUCUGAGAGCUCUAGUUCUAUAGAGAAACCUUCUGUUGUCUAUGAAACAAGUAAAGUUAAUGAGGUAACAGAUAAUGUUGCAAAAGAAGACAUGAAUUCCAUGCAAAUUAUUACAAAACUAUCUGAAACGAUAGUGCCACCUAUAAACACAGCCACUGUGCCAGACAAUGAAGAUGGGGAAGCCAAAACGAACAUAGCUGAUAUACCAAAGCAAAUUUCAACUCCUGCUGUGGAUUCUUCUUCAUUACCUGAAGUGAGAGAGGAAGAGCAGUCUCCAGAAGAUGCCCUUUUAAGAGGGUUACAGAGGACAGCAACAGAUUUUUAUGCUGAAUUGCAAAAUUCUACUGAACUAGGUUAUGCUAAUGGAAAUCUUGUGCAUGGAUCAAACCAAAAGGAGUCAGUAUUUAUGAGACUUAAUAAUCGUAUUAAAGCCUUAGAAGUAAACAUGUCUCUCAGUGGUCGCUAUCUGGAGGAGCUCAGUCAAAGGUACCGAAAACAAAUGGAAGAAAUGCAAAAGGCUUUCAAUAAAACGAUUAUAAAACUUCAGAAUACUUCACGAAUUGCAGAGGAGCAGGAUCAGCGGCAAACUGAAGCCAUCCAGUUGCUACAGGCCCAGCUGACUAACAUGACACAGCUUGUUUCAAACUUGUCAACAACAGUAACAGAGCUAAAACGAGAGGUUUCAGAUCGACAAAGCUAUCUUGUGAUAUCUUUGGUUCUCUGUGUUGUCUUGGGACUGAUGCUUUGUAUGCAGCGUUGUCGAAACACUUCUCAAUUUGAUGGAGAUUAUAUUUCAAAGCUUCCUAAAAGUAGUCAAUAUCCAAGCCCUAAAAGGUGUUUCUCUUCCUAUGAUGAUAUGAAUUUGAAAAGGAAAACUUCAUUCCCGCUCAUCAGAUCCAAGUCUCUACAAUUAACUGGCCAAGAAGUAGACCCAAAUGAUCUGUACAUCGUAGAACCCCUCAAGUUCUCUCCAGAAAAAAAGAAGAAACGCUGCAAAUACAAAACUGAAAGAAUUGAGACCAUAAAACCUGCGGAUCCAUUGCACCCUAUAGCCAAUGGAGAUAUAAAAGGAAGGAAGACCUUUACGAACCAGAGAGAUUUCUCCAAUAUGGGAGAAGUUUACCACUCUUCUUAUAAGGGUCCUCCAUCUGAAGGAAGCUCAGAAACUUCAUCACAGUCAGAAGAGUCCUAUUUUUGUGGCAUUUCAGCUUGCACAAGUCUGUGCAAUGGACAGUCCCAAAAGACAAAAACUGAAAAGAGGGCUUUAAAACGAAGGCGAUCUAAAGUCCAAGACCAAGGAAAAUUGAUAAAAACUCUAAUACAGACUAAGUCGGGAUCAUUGCCGAGCCUGCAUGACAUAAUCAAAGGAAACAAAGAACUCACCGUGGGAACAUUUGGUGUGACAGCAGUCUCGGGGCAUAUCUAAAGUUCAUUGAACUUUUCAUACUGGAGACUUUUUUUGUUGUUCUUAAAAGAACAGUCUGUGGUAUUUGGUGGGUUUGGGGAGGGAGAAAAUAUUAAUGGGAAAAAUAUUUAGAAAUUAUGGUUUCUGCCUUUUUAAAAAGUAGAUGGGAUUGUGUCAAUCUUGGUUAAUGAGCUGCAGUUUUACAAGGCUGAUCACUUCCUACAAGGACAAUGGUAGAUAUUUUAUAAAAUGAUUUUUCACGGAUUAAUUACUGGGACAAAAGUAAUUUGGAAACCCAGUUCCUUGGGUGGGAUAGGAAUGAAAGCCUAAACCUCUUCCUUUAGCUUUGUUCCUAGUUCUUGCACCUUCCCAUAUUUAUGUGCCUUUUGUCUAUUUAUAAUGCCACUGGAAGAGGAGGGAGAACUUUUUCUGUCAUUUGAUUUCUUUUAUAACUUUGUUAGUUUCUUGAAGCUGCAAACACUACAAGGCUUUAAGGUGGUCUAUGCCUGAAGCUCAGAAUGUGGGUCAGACAGUGUAAAGAUCCUGAAGACUUGCCAACUAGGUUUCUGUUUAGCAAACUCACUGGAAAUACACACUUGCUAGAAUUGAAAAAUCUAUUCUUUAAGGUAAAUGGUGAUGCUGUUAAUGUUUUUGUUUUUGUUUUUCUUUUUCACUUAUUUGGACUGGAUUACUUUUUCCUUAGUUACUAACUCAAUGAGAAAAAAAAAAAGCUACAGAUUUUUUUUUGCAAGUAACUAGUAUUUGUAAUAAAUUUUUGAUAAAUUUACCUUUUAAACACAUUAAACUAUCUGUGAAGGUUUUUUUUUAGCUUCAUUACAUUUUAAACAUUCACAGUAAACACUAGUCCUCCAAACUUUCACAUCACUAUUUUCUAUUACUAUAAAUAUAAAGUUCGAAGGUUUGGCGAAUGCGUCCAGGUCUCAUAAUCACUGCCUAUAUACAUGUGCACAGAACCAGCUAGUGAGUUUGUUAAGCCUUGUCUAAUUGGGCAAGUCUAAAGGGAUGACUAUUCCUUAAUGUUUGCUUCGUAUUGGCUACAGAUGUGCAGAGAUACAUGUGUGGUAUCAAUGUGUCUGUCUUCGUUUGUCUUUUUUUUUUCUUUAACAAAAUAAUUGUCAGUGACUAUUUGAAUAAAAUGAUUUCUUAGUGUGUGCUUGUACAGUAAUGAGUGCAAGUGGGACGUAUUUCUUUGUGAAAGAGAGAAUUGACUAUUUUGUGUUGUGAGAUUUAAGUUAUAACUUAUUGAGCACUUUUAGUAAUAACUGUUUUUAAACUUGUCUAAUACCUUUCUUAGGUAUUAUUUGUAAUGUGACUUAUUUAAAGCCUUUUUUGUUUAAGUUGCUGCUUUGUGUCAACAGUAUGUUGUAGAAGAUUUAACUUUUUUUUUUUCCAGUCUGCACAAUUAGCCAUUCAGAGCAAGAGGGGAAUUGUAUAGAAGCCCCUUGAAAAGAGGUCCAGAGGAGAGCAGAGGUAGGGUGGGAGGUUUCACCAUCUGUGUGUUGUGGAAAGAGGACUUUGAAUAUGUAACUACGGAGCUGUAGUGCCAUUAGAAACUGUGAAUUUCCAAAUAAAUCUGAACACUUGUCUUUAUUAA